AGAUAAAACUGUGAAGAUAUUGAAAAAACUACUUAUAUGUGUUAUCCAUUUACUGUGCAGCUUUUUAGAAAUUUGAGGUUUGUUAAUUUCAGUCACUGUACAUUGCUGAGAGAAAUUCCCGAUGUAUCAUCUCUGCCAAAUCUUGAGAGUUUGGAUCUCCGAGAGUGCACCAAUCUUGUUGAGGUUCAUCAGUCUCUUGGGCGUCUUGAAAAGGUCGUACAUUUGAACUUUUUGAACUGCUGCAAUCUUAGCUGUUUCCCAAGCCGUCUGAAUUCAAGAUCUCUUGAAAAUCUGAUUAUUAGAGGUUGCAUAAAGCUUUCAAGGUUUCCAGAUAUGCUUGUACAAGUGAAACGUCUCAAAGAACUUGUGCUUUAUGAGACUGCCAUCGAAGAACUACCCUCCUCUGUCGCUAAUCUCAUCGAACUGAAAGAGUUGUAUCUAUCAGACUGCACUGACCUUAAAAACCUUCCUUGUAGCAUCUAUACACUGCAGCAACUUGAUCGUAUUUUUGUUGAUGGUUGCUCACAACUUAGCAAGUUCCCGGAAUGUUUGUGUGAAUCAAGUGAUUGCACCAAUGUCUCGCUCCCGUUAGCCCUUCCGAGCGUUAUCAACUUGAAAAUGCAAAGAUGCAGCUUAUCAGAACUUAGUUUCUUGAAAAAUCUUCAUUGCAUGUCCUCGUUGACAAUUUUAGAUCUGUCGGAGAACAAAUUUGUCAGCCUUCCUACCUGCAUGAGUCAAUUUACUAAGUUGCAGCAGCUUUAUUUGACGCACUGCAAGCAGCUUCGAGAGAUUCUAGCUCUCCCGCCAAACAUAACAUUUUUACAUGCAAAAGGUUGUGAAUCGCUGGAAACAUGUGCGGACUUAUCAGACGUGUUACUAUAUAAUCCAGAUGAAUCACCUUGGCUCAGACGAAUUGACUUCUCUAGCUGUCAGAAGCUGAUUCAGGAUCAAUGCUCCAGCAAUUGCAAUAUGCUUUCAAUUGAGGGAUUGCUUGGAGAGACUCGGGUUGACAUUUUUUAUCCAGGAAGCAAGAUCCCAAAGUGGUUCGCCCAUCAAAGCACGAGAGGACUCAUAAGGUUUCCUGUAUUUUCAUAAUCAUACCGUGACAUAGCAGGCUUGGCCUUUUGUGCUAUUGUCGGUUCAGCUAAUCGGAAGGAAGCCAGUAUUUCAUGCGAGAUCCAGUUGUUUGUCAACAAGCAAGAAACUUAUGGUUGUGUAGAUUGUUUUUCCUCGUUGGAGUCUGACCAUAUAUGGCUUUUAUACGUUCCCCGGCAAACGAUGUGGGGAUUGGAAGCAAAAUCGCCGAGUCAUUGCAGUCAAUUUACUGUACUGUUCCAGGCAUCGGAGGGGACUCUAAGAAGCUGUGGGGCGCAUUUGGUGUACAAACAUGGUAAGCAACCAAAUGACACGGAAAUUUACGAAAGUGUCGAUCCUCUGAAUUCGAACAUGAACCUUAUGAGUUCCCGUGCUCAAAGCUGCUAAAGGAAGGGAAGAUUUUCAGACUCCUAAUGCAGUACACUAUGAUUCAAAAUUAGCUUUCUUGUGAUUUAGGUAGGGGGUUAUGUUAAUACUCUUUCUAGGGGCUCUGAUUGUAAACUGGCUGUAGUGUUUUUCUUGACCCUCAGAUUAUGUAAUCAAUCUUCCAUCUUUCCCUCACUAAGAAAGUUCAGGGAUGUUCCUGUCUAGUCAAUAUUCCUAAAAUUUAUUGUCGACCCGUAUCAAGACCAAGCCCAAGAAAGAGAACCCCAAGAAAGAAGAAGUGCUUUGAACAAAGAACUAGAAUUUCCAAAUCGGCCCAAUCUUGUUGGCAACUUUCAUUGGAAGUGGGAAG